AUGACCGCACCUCAUCGCUUCGUCAGGUUUGUCCACCAUCUUGGCGACACACUGAACGAUAGUGUAGAUACAUAUACUACGGGCUUGCGACAUAUGACUUCCAUCGUGAGCCCGUCCUUGCUCGCCGCUCGUCGUACUAUUGGCCGGCUUUUGAUCGCCCGUAAGACGCCACACAUAGCAGACGACCUACGGUAA